AUGCAAAUCGGGCUUUGGCUGGUGACCAGCACCCUGGCAGCAAUGCUGGGCACGGUCCUGCCUGAGGAUGGCGUGUGUCGGGCACCAGAUGGCAGGGAUGGCUUCCCGGGAAUCCCUGGCCUUGACGGGAGACCAGGGCAGAAGGGUGACGUGGGAGAGCCAGGGAAAUCAACACAGAGGACGGGCAUCCAGGGACUCAAAGGGGAUGCAGGUGAGCCGGGGCCUCCCGGCAUCCCAGGGAACCAGGGCUACCAUGGUCUGCGUGGCCCCCCUGGGUUCUCAGGCCUGCCGGGGCCAAAGGGGAACAAGGGGAAAGCCGGCAAUAUCCUGGAGCAGCCGCGUCCUGCCUUCUCUGCCUCACGGAGGUCCCCACCGUCCAGGGGCAGGACAGUGGUGUUUGACAACAUCAUCACCAACCAGGAGAGCUCCUACAGCCCCCAGACUGGGGAGUUCACCUGCCUCGUCCCUGGGCUCUACUACUUUGCCUACCAGGUGGUCUCCAGCGGGGACCUCUGCCUGAGCAUCACCAAGAACGGGGAGCGCGUGGUCAGCUUCUGCGACUACAACAGCCGCAACAUCCUGCAGAUGAACUCGGGCAGCAGCGUGCUCAGCCUGGCCAUGGGCGACCGGGUGUCUGUGAGCACCGACCCUGCCAGGGGCAGCUCGAUUUACAGCGGCUCAGAGGCAGACAGCAUCUUCAGUGGCUUCAUGCUCUUCCCACAAACGGGCUGA